UUUCUUUCUUUUUUUUUUUUCGUUCCUCCACUCAUUCGUUAUUCCUUUCCUUCGUUCUUACGCCAGGUUAACGAUAGAGAGAACAAUGACGUGCUUCGGUCGCGCACUGCGAAACAAUGUGGAGUUGUACACCUUUACAUUAUAGCAUGAUAUUGAAACUCGUGCUUUCUAUAUAGACUUUUGGAAGCAGGUGCAGAAGGCCGAUAGCACCUCUUUCCUAGUGUUUUUGGAGCAGGUGAACUCAGCAGUAUAGAUGGAUUACGGCAGCUCAGCUGGCCCGCGUUCGUGUCCGUACCUCAUCCGUGCCUCGCAAGGACGUGAGAAGGUUGAGGUGUUGUACGUCCACCAACGAGUCCACCAUCGAGGAGGCGACGAAGCCGCGGGCCGCACCCACGUCGGGACGGGGAGACCAAGCUCCAGCGCCGCAUCGCGGGCUCUCUGGACAGCCCAAAAUUGGCGUGACUGGUCGGAGCUCCGAAGAGCAGAGCUCCACUCGUCUGCAGUGCAUCGAUGCGGGCCCCUCUGUAACGAGGGGCAUCCCCAGAGCAUGUGUUCCAAAGUACUACAUUGUCCGCAGCUAGGGCAGUCUGGACUAAAGCAGUCUGGAUUGAUGUAGUGAAAUAAAUUCAGGUUGG